AUGCUCCGGUGGCAGGCGACGAGGACGGUGCAGACCAAGGCGUUUCAAGAUGUGCGUGCAAAGGCGACAGCCGCGUCCGAUGCCAAGAGCAGGCGUGGCCUUGCCGCCCUCCUCCGCAGCUUCGCCGAGCGUCGGCUCCGUGGACAGAGCGCGGUGUCGAAGGCCGUCUCGGCUCUUGGCACGGAGCGAAGGUGGACGGAUGCGCUUCAUCUGUUUACGACUGUGCCUCAUCCCGACAUCGUCACGUUCAACGCGACAAUGAGCGCUCUCGGUUCAGGGCAUCAGUGGCUAAAGACCCUGCGACUCUUCGGCGAGAUUCGUGGAGAUUCACAAGGUGCGUUGCUGAAGGCUGACGUGAUUUCGUACAGCAAUGCCAUUCGGGCCAACGCCGCAUUGCUGCUGUGGGAGGAGGCUGUGCAUCUGCUGACGCGCAUGAUCUCUUUCGGACCUAAGCCGGAUCGGCUGGCGUGCAACCUGACCCUCGCCACAUGUGCAGAGCAUGGCAACGCAGAUCUCGCUGCCAGCAUCGUGGAACGGAUGCGGACACGUCGUCAGCAGCUUGAUGUCGUUGCACACAACACCCUGGUCGCAGCUCUUGCUCGCCAACGGAGAUGGCAGUCUGCCUUCGCUGCGGCCAUGUCAGCGCCCGCCCAGGAUGUCAUCACCUUCAAUUCAUUGCUGGGAAGUCUCGAAGAUUCUGAUCGCUGGGAAGUCGCUCUCGAAGUUCUACGCCAGAUGAGCUUGCGAGGCCUCCGAUUGGACGGCGUGACGCACCGCGCCGCAGCCGCGGCCUGCGGGCAAUGUUGGCAGGCAGCACUGGCGUUGAUGAAGACGGAGGCUUCCGCUGACCUUGCGACACUCACAGCGAUCGGCACAAAUUGUGAUAAGGCAAGUCAGUGGCAGAUUGCAGUGCACCUGUUGUCCGAUCGCGCCGUAGACACUGUUGCCAAGACCGCUCUUAUCUCUGCGAGCGCGACGGGUUCUUUAUGGCAGGCUGCUGUGCAGAUGCUUCUCGCGCUGAAGCAGAGAGCCGAUGCAGUGGCCUACAAUGCCACCAUCGCAGCCACUGAGAAGGCUGCCAGAUGGUCCAGCUCCUUGAUGCUGAUGUCGAAAAUGGAGGAGGCCUUCUUGCAGCUGUCGGCCACGACAUUUAAUGCCAGCAUCAGUGCAUGUGAGAAGUCAGCUGCCUGGGAGGCCUCGCUGUGGCUCUUUGACGAGAUGCUGAUGCGUAAGUUGGCAAAGGUGGAGAUUGGGAGAGAGUGGGUCUGUCCAAGUGGUACUGGCUCGUUCCCCGCGUCCUUAGCGAAGUUGGCGUUGGAGAGGCGGGCGCAGGGGAAGACAGGGGUUGUGCUGUUCUUGGCCUUGAGCUUCGUCUGUGCAUCCGGCAACCAGGAGGCGACAGACGAGCUUCCACGAGACGAUGAGUGUGCUUUCUCGGACUCGGACAGCUGCGCCUUGCAGGCUCUGCAGAGGCACGCAGCUCGGGCACCGCGGCCCCUUGAGCUGAUCCCGACUCCCAGCGUCCAGGGCGAGGGCGCUUACAUCUCCAGUCGAGAGUCCAAAUCCUUUGAGUGGACGGAGCUGCGGGUCUCUGAGAGCAGCAUCGAGGAAGCCUUGAAAGCCCCCUUCGCAAAAAGCAGCUGGCCUUUGCCAUUCGGCUUGUCAGCCGGUGACGUGGCACGAUGGCUGCAGCGGGAGCUGUUGUCGACGAGCCCUUUUGGGCAGUUCGGCAUGCUCGUGCCGUGGCCUGAGGAGGACGAUGACCAGCUGGGCCAUGGCGGCUGGGUCGGUUACUCCCGAAGGCAAGUCUGCUAUCUGACUGCGAAGAGCUACCUGGGGGCAAAGGCCCGUGGGUACAAUGCCGGACUCUUUCGCCUUAUGAGCAUGUGCCCGGAAACGGGGGACUUUAGACACUCCUUUGCGAUGCUCUUAGCAGCUUGUGCGGCAGAUCCGACUUUGGCGAAUGGCAACCAGGGGCCGCUGCUUUUGACGGCCAAAGCUCGUGCGGCCCCUUCCGUGGAGGAGGUGCGCCAGAAGGCAGAAGGUGUGUCAAUGCAGGCUGCCAAACUGCGAGUCUGCGACUACGACACGGGGGCUGGCCCCUUCGAUGGCGUCGAAUCGGUGCCAGAGCGGGGCUGCAGGAAGCGUCAGCAGGAUGCUCCAGGCGUCGACUUCAUGAUCGGCGGGGAGCCAGGCCAGGCGACCCAGGACAUCUCGGCCUCUUGGUUCGGAGGCUACUUGUUCGACGCAAAAGCCUGUGGCCUUGGUGGUGGACAGGACGAGCGCUUGUCAGUCUACUUCCCGGAAGUCACAAUUCUCGCAUAUUUCCUUUCGCAGAGCGACCCAUUCCCUCAGCUUCGCCAACCCGCCUGGUUCCUGGGAGCACGGAACUUCUUCAAGAACUUAGACGGCACGGCUCGGUUUGACUCGCCAAUGAUCCUGACAGACGUGCCCCUGAAGUCCGACCUCGUUGAUGUUUCUGUGGCGGAUCACCUCUUCGAGAUCAGCUCUUCAAGGCCUGUCGUCGUCUUUAUGAGCGAGAGCCAGGGCUUGGUCGACGACCACUCGCCUUGGGAAUUGAAGCUGGCCCGUCUGAACCGCUUACAAGCGCAAAGGGAGAUGGGCACCGGCCAGUUCGCCUUCGAGAAGCAGGUUCGCGCGUGGUAUCGGUCUUUAGCGCUGACCUCCUACGAUGAACGGAUUCAUGGCGCCUUGCGUGCCCUCGUGAAGUCCAUUGGGACUGGGCCAUGGUUCUCCGGCCUUUGGUGGGGCGAUUCACAGCUCGGCUUCUUGGCCAUCUGGCUUGGCCACGCCUUGGCCGCUCCGACCUGGGGGUGGCCUUCGCGCACUCACGGCAGCCCGCUGAUGUUGGACUACUACAUCUAUGCAGAUUUCACGGAAAAUCCUGGAAACCAGUGUUACGUGAUUCCUGGCGAAGCUUGCCGAGCUUGCUUGAACGUGUGUCAAAGCCCCGAACCGCCGACCAGCGCCUACUGGAUGCCCGAGGGAGCACUCUUCGAUGGGCGGCCCUGUGUACCAGAUGCCUCCAUUUGUGGGCAGAAGGGCUUCGCAGAUGCCGUCAAGGCCUUCGGGCACCAGACAGCAGCUCGGAAGAUGCUGGCAAUGUCCACAAUCAACUUUUUCAAUCCUGAGUAG